CACACUUUUAACUAAAUUUGAUACACUGGAUCUGAUCUGGAUCAAGAUCCCCAUUCCCCAAGACAACCAUAUUGAGAUAUAUAAUUCCUUUAUUUACAACCUAUACUUUCAUUUGAAAACACAACAAUUGUUCAAAACCGCAUAUAGAUAUAUAACUGCUUCUCCCGAAGUUAAAUAGCUCGCAAUUCCUCUUCCAGGAUUUAUACACAUGUAUUUCAAAGUAUUGCAUACCCAAGUAAAUCAUUUUAGAUCUUUCAAGAUGAUAACAUAUGUGUACACAAUAUCUGACAAAUUACACACACCAUGGCUGCUUCAUAUAUGCAUUCAUAGACACACAAACUUCUGGGAUUCUGUGUGUAUUUUUUCCUUAUGAAACUUUAUUCAAGGUCUGUAUCAAGACAUUAGCUUUCUCAUAAUAUACAGCAAAAGCCAAAAAAUAAUUAAUCAUAAAUAAUACACAAUGUUAAAAUUAAUUGUAUUGAGAUAGAAAUAAUCUGUAAUUCAUCAACAAUACACACACAUUGUUAAAUCCAUUGACAAUAUUUGCCUUUGUAUAUAAGUAUAGGGAAAAUGGAAACUAAUAAUCCAACCUUUUAGCGGUCUUCUUUCAAUAAUCCCACCUUUUGAUUAUUUAUGAAUAAUCCAACCUUUGCACCUCAUCUUCAUUCAUUGGUCCCUAGUCGGUUAAUGACCUACUAUUCCAAAUUAUUUUCUUAUCUCUGCAAAAUAUUAUCUUUGUGAAAGAUGAAAUUUAUGGUAUAAUGAUUUGCAAAGAUAAGAAAAUAGCUUGGAAUAGCAGAUCAUCAACCGGUCAGGGACUAGUGAAUGAAGAUGAGGUGUAAAGGUUGGAUUAUUCAUGAAUAAUCAAAAGGUUGGAUUAUUAUAAGAAGACCACUAAAAGGUUGGAUUAUUAUUUCCCAUUUUCCCCUAAGUAUAUGCUACUUAGACUUUGUGUGUUUUAUUACACAGACAUACUCGUUGUCAUGUUAUUCUUGCUAUUUUCAGAUGUAGAACUUAGAAGCGAGAGCGAAUUGAAGAGAAAGGAAAGAGGCUGGCACAAUUUGACAGGUCGUCAUCUACCUUGUGGGAACUCACAACCUUAACUGUUUGGGAUCACUUGGGUGAAUUUUCCAUGCCAAAAGUUCUCCACAAUACUCCGUAGAAGAUAACGAUGGGAAUCGGCGGGGAGAGGCAAGUUUCAGCCUUGCAAAUAAAUCUAUAUGUAUUUACUGCCAUUUGAUCAUUUGCGGACAGCCUAGUUCCGUAUUACUACUCAUUUUCAUCUUCAAUCCUUGGAAUCUUGAGGUUGUAUUUUAUCUGUUUGCUGCAAUGGCUUGGAGUUUCAGAGGAAAGCAGCACAUGAAAGCGAUAUUAAAGCACAGUAGAACCCAAUUUCUAAAUGUCUUCCUUAAAACAUCUCAAAAUACGCAACAACAAAAAUAUCUCCUCCCCUGUGUCACACCCUUUUCAACCCAAGCAUCCAAAUUCCCUGAAUAUGAAAUGCCUUCUGUCACAUGGGGCGCAAUCCAAGGUCGUAAAGAGAAGCUCGUGUCACGGGUUAUAGUUUGUGACUAUCUAAAAAGUAUAGGUAUAGUUCCAGAUGAGUUAGAGGAUCUGGAGUUACCCUCCACUGUGGAAGUAAUGCGGGAGCGUGUAGAGUUCUUGCAGAAAAUAGGCCUAACGAUUGACGACAUAAACGAGUAUCCACUAAUGCUGGGGUGUAGUGUGAGGAAAAACGUGAUUCCCGUGUUAACCUAUUUGGAAAAGAUUGGGAUUUCAAAGCCAAAGCUUGGGGAGUUUGUGAAAAAUUAUCCUCAGUGUCUAAAUGCUAGUGUUGUGGUUGAGCUUGUUCCAGUCAUCAAGUUUCUGAGAGGACUUGAUGUGGAGAAGCAAGAUAUUGGGUAUGUCUUGAUGAAAUACCCGGAGCUAUUAGGGUUUAAGCUUGAGGGGACAAUGAGUACGUCUGUGGUAUACUUGGUUAGUAUAGGGGUUAAUCCAAGAGAUAUAGGACCAAUGGUUACACAAUAUCCUUACCUUUUGGGGAUGAGAGUUGGGACAAUGAUUAAGCCUCUUGUCGAUUAUUUGGUUUUGAUCGGCCUCCCAAAGAAAAUUUUAGCCAAGAUGCUUGAAAAACGGGCAUAUUUACUUGGAUAUGAUCUUGAAAAAACUGUGAAACCUAAUGUGGACUGUUUGACCAGUUUUGGCAUUAAGAAGGACUUUCUCCCUUCUGUCAUAGCACAAUACCCCCAGAUCCUUGGUUUGCCUUUGAGGGCAAAGCUGUCUUCUCAACAGUACUUCUUCAACCUAAAGCUAAAGAUUGAUCCUGAUGGGUUUGCUUGUGUGAUUGAGAGGAUGCCACAAAUUGUCAGUCUUAACCAACAUCAGAUAAUGAAACCUGUUGAGUUCCUUCUGGGGCGGGGGUUUUCAUCUAAUGAUGUUGCAAAGAUGAUUGUGAAAUGCCCUCAGUUGGUUGCUCUGCAAGUUGGGCUCAUGAAAAACAGUUUCUACUUUUUCAAAAGUGAAAUGGGCAGGCCUAUGAAAGAACUUGUUGAGUUUCCAGACUACUUUACAUAUAGUCUGGAGUCGAGAAUAAAACCAAGACACCAGAGGCUACAAAGCAAGGGAGUCAAAUGCUCACUGGCUUGGUUUCUCAACUGCAGUGACCAAAGAUUUGAAGAGAGAUUAUAUGGUGAUUUUAUAGAAGCUGAAAGUAGUGGUCCAUCUUUUGUGAUGGGCGGGAAGUUAGAAUUGCCAGGAACUGAGAUUUUAUCAGAAGAAGAUGAUGACAGUGAUGAUGAAUUACUUUAUAAGCGGACUGUCUCUCUGUGAGUUCAAGAAUCUAAUACCAAGAUCAGGAGCAUUUUUACCAUUUGGAUUGGGCAGCAGAUUGUGCCCCGGAAACGAUCUUGCCAAGCUCGAAAUAUCAUUUUUUCUGCACUAUUUCCUGCUCGGUUAUGAGCUGGAGAUAGAUAAUCCUGACUGCCCAUUGAUGUAUUUACCACAUUGUAGGCCUAAACACAACUGUGUCACUGUGUGGGAAAAGUGAGAAGAUCAGCCUGACUCUGAGGCUGUGAUGAUGUUAAAUGAAAAAGGAUACCCGCCUAUAGUGAUGAUUGUAAUGAAACUACGUAAAUCAUAUAUAAUUUCUGUGUUACUAGCAAAACUUAAAUAUAAUCAAAUAAUAAUAAAUUAGUAUUAUAUGAAUUUUUACGGGAAUAAAG